GUUACUGUACUCGAGGGCAUGUGGUGACUUCUCAGCUUUUAUCAUCUGUGGAGAUCUAGCAUUGCAUCUGAUCUGAAGAUAACUUUUAAAUGGAAUCACAAGAUUCAGGCAACAAAAUUAGAAGGAAAACUCAGUAUGGUGCUACUGAUUCACCAGAACCACAUGAUCGCCAGGCAGACCAGGAUCAAACCUACUUGGAUGAGAGGAUCACUAUUCCAGAUGUUGGUGGGUAUGGUUUCAGUUUCAGAAAGCUCUGGGCUUUCACCGGGCCAGGAUUCCUCAUGAGUAUUGCCUACCUGGAUCCAGGAAAUAUUGAGUCAGAUUUACAGUGCGGAGCUGUCGCUGGCUUCCAACUGCUCUGGGUCCUGCUUUGGGCCACAAUCUUGGGUCUGCUCUGCCAAAGGCUGGCUAUCCGACUUGGGGUAGUUACAGGCAAGGACUUAGGAGAGAUAUGUUAUCACUACUAUCCCAAGGCCCCACGUGUGCUGCUCUGGAUCAUGAUUGAAAUUGCUAUAAUUGGCUCUGAUAUGCAGGAAGUGAUUGGGACAGCAAUUGCUUUCAACCUCCUUUCAGCUGGACGUAUCCCUUUGUGGGGUGGAGUCUUGAUCACAAUUGUGGACACUUUCUUCUUCCUCUUCUUAGAUAAAUAUGGUCUCAGGAAGUUAGAAGCCUUUUUUGGCCUCCUCAUUACAAUCAUGGCAGUAACGUUUGGCUAUGAGUAUGUGGUUGUAAAUCCUGAUCAAAAAGAGGUACUGAAAGGGAUGCUUAUUCCUUACUGCAAGCACUGUGGACACGAGCAGCUUCUGCAGGCUGUGGGUAUCGUCGGAGCCAUCAUUAUGCCCCAUAACAUCUAUUUACACUCUUCCCUUGUCAAGACCCGAGAAGUGGAUCGCACCAGCCAGAAGGCAGUGAAAGAAGCAAAUAUGUACUUUCUGAUUGAAUCCACCAUUGCACUCUUUGUCUCCUUUCUCAUCAAUCUUUUUGUCAUGGCUGUGUUUGGCCAGGCUUUUUUUCAACGCACCAAUCAGGAAGCGCAUGAUGUCUGUGCCAACCACAGCUUAUUCUUGAAUCAGAGCAUUUUCCCCAACUUUCCCGAAAAUAAUGAGACUGUGAGUGUGGAUAUUUUCCAAGGGGGAAUUAUCCUGGGAUGCUACUUUGGGCCCAUUGCUCUCUAUAUUUGGGCUGUUGGAAUCCUUGCAGCAGGUCAAAGUUCAACCAUGACAGGAACUUAUGCAGGACAGUUUGUUAUGGAGGGUUUCUUGCAGCUGCGCUGGUCUCGCUUUGCCCGAGUGGUCUUCACUCGUUCCUUUGCCAUUCUUCCCACUGUCUUUGUAGCUGCCUUCAGGAAUGUAGGAGACUUAACAGGCCUCAACGAUCUUCUAAAUGUCCUACAGAGCAUCCUGUUACCUUUUGCUGUCAUACCUGUUCUCACCUUCACCAGCAUGCAACCUCUCAUGAAGGAUUUUGUCAAUGGGAUCAUUGGGAAAUUUCUAAUGAUCCUGAUCACUGGAUUAAUCUGUACAAUCAACCUAUACUUCGUGGUGACAAGCAUCAUAAGCCUGAACUAUCUGGCAUACUACAUUGCCAUAUCAUUUGUGCUACUUGCUUAUGUGGCCUUCGUCUGCUAUCUGAUUUGGACCUGUCUCAUUUCACAUGGAGCUGCCUUCCUGGCUCGUGGGCCCCAUACUCGGUUCACUUAUGGACUGCAGUGAUAGUACAUCCCACCCAUCGCCACUGGAAGCAGCUGAAUCACUACUGUCUCUCCCCAACAAAACAGGAAGCAGUUGCUCUUGGGGAUCUGCCAGGAGGCAGAGGUGUCAGAACCACAGUUUCUCUUGGCAAGGGAUGGACUUCAGCAUCAGAAGCGAUCACUCAGCAGCACAGUGCCUGCCUUGCAGUUGAAAAGUUCCAAGGACAAUUUCUGGCAUUCCUAAAGAGACUUCAGACCCGGAAGAGCUGUGGUGUAACUUCCAGAGAGGGUUCAAGACUUGAUGCACCCUUGUUUUUAAUCCUGAUGAUAUGUAGCUAGUUA